AUGUACAUCUGUUGUACAUGUACGCGCGUGCGCGUGACGCUUAAAAGAAUUUCUCAUUUUGGCUUCGAUUUGUUUCUGUCCUUGAUUUGUCAAUCAUCCAUUGUUUUUCCCUCUCUCUCUCUCUCUCUCUCUCUCUUCUUAGUACAGAAUACUCGUUUUGUUAUAAUUCAUUAUAUUUUUCAAGAUAUAUCGGAAACGUUGGAUAUAAUGAUUACCGUUAAUAGUUCAGUCGCAAGUACAUUAGAAAGAAUCAUUUGCAAGAUAGAAGUAGAAACGACUUCGGAUAAAGAAAUUUCUCGAUUUGCAACUAAACGAAAACUCGAUGACAUUGGAAUGUCAGGUAAAAAAAAUAAACGGGCACGGUGCGAAACAGCUGGUGUAGAAGAAAUACAUUGCCGUAUAUGUUAUGAUUCUAAUCAGCAAUUUCCUAUUGUUUAUCCAUGCAAAUGCAAGGGAACAAUGGGUGCUAUUCAUGUGAAAUGUUUGGAACAUUGGUUAGAGGAAAGCAAUAGAAAUAGCUGUGAAUUGUGCGGACACGUAUUUCAAGUUGAACGCACACCACGUUAUAAAGCUAUUACAUCUAUUAUUAUUUGGCUGUGCAUUAGUCAACAUCAACGGCAAUUAUACAUGCGCAAUUUGAGAACAGAUUUACUCCGCUGUAUCAUCGUCACACCACUGACUAUAAUAUGUUCAUACAUUUGCAUGGUCGGGGCUGAUUUUUAUGCAAUGAAUAAUUACAAUAAUUUUCCCCCAGCACGAUGGACUACUUAUUCUUUGCUAGUAAUGAUGGCAUUAUUAAUUUUCUCAUAUUUUCUAUGGAUAUACAUGGCAAUUCAGAAUCAUCAAAAAAUUUGGUUCUACUGGUGGCAGAAAACAAGCGCGGUGAAAAUUACAUUGCAGAAUAGAACUUCAAUAAACUAUAAAUCUAAUAUAUCACAAGUUUGA